UGUCACCCACCAAGUAAGGAACAUAACUGCUCUGAUCAACCACUUUUGGCACCAAAUAUUUAAUUUUCCCACAUUUUCUGAUCCACAUUUUCCCAUCAUCCAAACACUCUUCUUCUUGUUCCUCUCAAUUGAACAAAGCAAUGAGUGGUGGUGGGAAGUUGGAAGGGGUUCUUAGGGUUUUGGGGUUUGUGUUAACUUUGGUGGCAGCCAUUGUUGUGAGGCUUGACAAAGAAGCAAAAGUGGUUCCUUUUUCUAUCUCCCCAAACCUUCCUACUUUCGACGUUGUUGUGGUCGCUAAGUGGCAUUACUUGUCUGCUUUUGUGUACCUUUUUGCGGCCAAUGUAAUUGCAAGCUUACAUGGACUACUGUCGUUGACUAUUUCAUUAGCAAACAAGAAUCGAAGCGAUGUAUUAGCUUUACUGAUCACCAUUCUCGACAUCGUGAUGGUGGUGCUGCUCUCUUCCAGCGGUGGGGCCGCCAUAGCCAUUGGAAUUAUCGGCUACCACGGUAACUCGCACGUGCGGUGGAACAAAGUGUGCGAUACAUUUGGUAGAUUUUGCAAGCAAGUGGCAGCUGCUUCUGCUCUCUCCCUUGCUGGAGCCACCGUCUUUAUGCUGUUAGUUAUAUUAGUUGUUGUGGGCCUUCAAAAGAGGCCCAAAUAAAUGGGCUUUCGGCCCUCUUUCUCAAUUCAAUUUUCAUUUUACUUCC